UGUUAUUUUAUUAUAUGGAAACACCAAGGAUUGAUAUUUGGUAUGGAAUUGCAGAGAUUAUGGACUUUGGCUACCCACAAAAUCUCUCCCCUGAAAUUUUGAAACUUUACAUCACUCAGGAAGGUGUACGGUCACCAUUUUCAUCAAAGCCAAAGGACAAGCCUGUUCCAAAUGCAACAUUACAAGUUACGGGUGCUGUUGGUUGGAGAAGAGAGGGCCUUGCUUAUAAAAAGAAUGAGGUGUUUCUGGAUAUUGUGGAAAGUGUAAACCUUCUGAUGUCCUCUAAAGGCAAUGUUCUUCGGUGUGAUGUGACGGGGAAAGUUUUAAUGAAAUGUUUCCUUUCGGGAAUGCCUGAUUUGAAGUUGGGGUUGAAUGAUAAAAUUGGUCUUGAGAAGGAAUCAGAAAUGAAAUCUCGCCCAGCUAAGAGUGGUAAAACCAUUGAGCUUGAUGAUGUCACAUUUCACCAGUGUGUGAACCUGACAAGAUUCAACUCCGAGAAGACGGUCAGUUUUGUACCACCGGAUGGAGAGUUUGAAUUGAUGAAGUAUCGAAUAACAGAGGGUGUAAAUCUGCCUUUCCGCGUGUUACCAACAAUCAAAGAACUUGGUCGUACACGUAUGGAAGUAAAUGUCAAGGUCAAAAGUGUGUUUGGUGCUAAAAUGUUUGCCCUUGGGGUCGUAGUUAAAAUUCCAGUACCAAAACAAACAGCCAAGACCAAUUUCCAAGUGACAACUGGUCGCGCUAAAUACAAUCCAUCAAUCGAUUGCUUGGUUUGGAAGAUAAGAAAAUUCCCAGGACAAACAGAGUCCACACUAAGUGCAGAAAUUGAGUUGAUCUCAACAAUGGGAGAGAAGAAAUCUUGGACAAGACCUCCAAUCCAAAUGGAAUUUCAGGUCCCAAUGUUUACAGCAUCUGGUUUGCGAGUUCGCUUUCUCAAGGUAUGGGAGAAGAGCGGUUACAACACGGUCGAGUGGGUUCGAUACAUAACGAAAGCGGGAUCUUACGAGAUCAGAUGCUGAAUAAAAAAACACAGUUCAGGUUCAGUGAAAUCAGACUUAAAAGUUUCAUGGCUUCUAGUUUCUGUUCCUUAUGCAAAACAAAAACAAAAGAGUUAGAUAUGUUUUAAUUUUUAUACCUUGUUUAUGUUUGUUUUGUCCAUUAGAGAUCUGUGUUAAUAUGAUUUCUUAUGUCUUAAUUUGGUAUUUCUUAUGUCUUAGAUUAAUUUUGGUGUAAUCAAACGUGAUAUUGAGUAUUUGUGAAAAAGCAGUCGGAUUUUUUUGU